UCGUUUUCUUUUUUAGAAAAUACGGCUGAGGACGACUCGUUCCUACCUUUCCCUUUACUUAAAGUCGUCGUUUUCUCCUUCUAUUUAGGGUGAUCAGAGGACUCAGAAGAAGAAGAAGAAGAAUAAGAAGAAGAAGAAGAAGGCGGUGGUGAUCCAAUGGAGAUCUUGUCGCCGAGAGUAUUUCCCCAGAUGGUUGAAGAUGCAGCCUAUUUCCAUCACCACCAUCAUCAGCAACAAGUGAACUCCCCCUUCUCGUUCGAUGACGAGUUUGAUUUGUUCCAUCCAUCUUUUCAUUCAGAGCCCUGCUCCAACUCGUCGCCAUCCCAUCUGGUCCCUCUUGUUAGCCGUGAGACGAUGCCCGGUUUCGCCGCACCGUCAAUCGAAGCUCCUCGAGAGCUAACCGAGAGGCCCUGGAAAAAGCUCAAGACCGAGAGAUGGAACUCCCUGGGCGCACCGGCGCACGAAACGAUGACUCGCAAAGUGGUGAUAUCGCCAUCUCCGUCUCCAUCUCGGUCUCUGUCUCCUGACUCCCACUUGAUAUCUUUUGGGAACCCCGAUUCUUCUCCAGCCAUAUCCGAUCCGAUCCAUGGUACUUAUGAAAUCCAAGAUUGCGAGGGACCAAAGACGAAAAACACCAGCGCGGCGACCAGGACGCCGGUUCACGCACAAGAGCAUGUGCUAGCCGAGAGGAAGCGCCGCGAGAAGAUCAGCAAGCGUCUCAUCGCGCUCUCAGCCAUCAUUCCCAACCUUAAGAAGAUGGACAAGGCUUCCAUCCUUGAGGAUGCAAUCGAGCACUUGAAAGAGCUUCAACAACGCGUCAAGGCACUCGAGGAGGAGGCGGCGGCAGCGAAGACGGUGGAGUCGGUCGUCGUGGUGAAGAAGUCCCAACUCACCACGGAUGACGAUACGUAUUCUUCGUCGGACGAGCACUCUUGCAGCCAGAUUGACCGGCAACUCUCGCUCCCGGAAAUCGAGGCACGAGUUUCCGGAAACUGCGUCCUCAUCAAAAUCCAUUGUGAGAGGCGCAAUGGCUCUGUAUCGAAGAUGAUCGGUGAAAUAGAGGAACUGAACCUAACUGUCGUGAACAGUUGCAUCAUGCCCUUUGGAAGUUCCAUCCUAGACGUCACCAUCCUAGCUCAGAUGGACGUGGGAUCCAGCUUGAAAAUGGGGGAUCUCGUGAGGAAUCUGCGUCAAGCUCUUCUGGAUCUCAUGUGAUCUCCUGCAAUAUUCUCAUAAUAUCUGGAGUUGGGCACUAACAACGUGCCAAAACCCUAAUAAUGACACUUCAGUUAUUUCAUUUCCUUUUUUUGGGUCAAAGUGUUUGAGAACUUUGAGCAGAAAGAAGGGUGCUGACGAUGGAUCACCCUCUCUGGUCGGACCACACCAACUCUUUUGCGAACGCCAGAGCAUUGGCUCUGGUUUUUUAGCCUGGAGUCUCCAUUAUUUUGCGGGUGGGUUUUUUCCCCUUAUUUUUCGCGUGGUUGACCCGUUGGCCACGUUCAAAAUACCCACGUGCUGUAUAAGGAGAGUCCAGGAAACUUUUUCAAGAGGGGUUUUACAGGGAGGUCGGACAUUUUCAGAUGAGACAUCUCUCUCUCUCUCUCUCUGGUUGAAUCAGCUUGUGAGUCGUCUCAAGAGAUGCUCUGUCUUGUUGGGCGCUUCUGGGAAUUGAAUUUUUUUGAUGUGUAAUUUUUGUACAUCGAUAAUUGAUUAAUGUACUUGUCUGUCAUCAUUUGAAUAUGAAUCCAAGGUCACGAUCUGCU